CACUUCUCCGCUUUUCCCUACCGUACCUUCUCAACCUCACCCCGCUCAAGGCCUGUUGCAAGCAUGGCUGAUCCAAAGAUGACUUCAAGCGGUGCCGCUACCACUUACUCGUACCCACCUCAAGGCAAGACGGCCAUCGUGACGGGCGGGUCGUCGGGCAUAGGCAAGUCGUCUGCAAAGCACCUCGCCCUCGCUGGGUGGAAUGUGGUCAUCACUGGCAGACGCGAGGAGCGACUCAAGGCUGCCGGCAUCGAGAUUCAGGACGCUGUACAAGACAGUGGAAAGGAUCGAAAGGUCAAAGUGGCCUACAUCGUGGGCGAUGUCACCAAGGAGCAAGAUGUCGUCAACCUCUUUGACGACGUCCUGUCCGCAAACGGUCAAAUUGAUCUCGUCUUCUGCAAUGCAGGUGUCAGCCCUCCCAGUGUGCCCAUCGAUGAGCUGCCCCUGGACCAGUGGAAGGCUGCCGUUGAUACCAAUCUCACCGCCUCCUUCCUCUGCGCCCGCGAGGCCUUUCGCAAGAUGAAGAAGUCAGGCAAAGGAGGUAGGAUCAUCAUAAACGGAUCGAUAAGUGCUCACGUACCCCGUCCCGACUCGUGCGCCUACACCGCCUCUAAGCACGGCCUUACGGGCCUGACCAAGUCUCUCGCCCUCGAUGGCCGCGCGUUCAACAUCUCCCUCUCGCAGCUAGACAUAGGCAACGCCGCUUCGGAUAUGACUGCUCGGAUGACCUCUGGCCCAGGCGUCAAGCAGGCAGAUGGCAGUAUGCGUCACGAGGCUGUCAUGGAUCGCGAAUUCGCCGCGAGAGAGGUGGUCAGUAUUGCUGAACUGCCCUUGGAGGUCAGUAAGCUUUGGGUCGUCAUCCAGGCUACGGGGAUGCCGAGCAUGGUGGGGAGGGGCUGAGUUCGGGG